GCCUUUCCAGGCAGCUUAAAGCCUCCAGAGUAAGAGGUGUUCCCUGCUCGGCAGACUCCUUGAAAUACCCUUUCAGUAAUUCUACCAAUACCUCCAUGUCUCUACUCUGCCAUAACAAAGGCUGUGGGCAACAAUUUGACCCCACUACCAACCAUCCUGAUUCCUGUUGCUAUCACCCUGGGGUCCCAAUCUUCCAUGAUGCACUCAAGGGUUGGUCCUGCUGCCAAAAGCGAACUGUAGAUUUCUCUGAGUUCUUAAACAUCAAGGGUUGUACUGUGGGACCACACUGUGCUGAGAAGCUUCCUGAGGCCCCUCCUCAAUCUGAGGGCCCUGCUACCAGUUCACUUCAGGAGCAAAAACUUCUGAAUACAAUUCCAAAGUCAGCAGAGACCUUGCGCCGAGAGAGGCCUAAGUCUGAGUUGCCCCUGAAGCUGCUGCCAGUAAAUAUAUCUCAUGUCCUAGAAAUGGCAUUGGAACAAAAAGAACUAGACCAGGAACCUGGAGCAGGAAUGGAUAGUAGUCUGAUCGGGACUGGUUCCUGCUGCCAGAACCCCGGAUGUGACGCAGUUUACCAAGGCCCAGAAAGUGAUACUACUCCAUGUACCUACCACCCAGGAGCACCUCGAUUUCAUGAAGGGAUGAAGUCUUGGAGCUGUUGUGGCAUCCAGACUCUGGAUUUUGGGGCAUUCUUGGCACAGCCAGGAUGCAGAGUUGGUAGACAUGACUGGGGGAAGCAGCUGCCAGCAUCUUGCCGCCAUGAUUGGCACCAGACAGAUUCUGUAGUGGUGAUGACUGUAUAUGGCCAGAUUCCACUGCCUGCUUUCAACUGGGUGAAGGCCAGUCAAACUGAGCUUCAUGUCCACAUUGUCUUUGCUGGUAACCGUGUAUUCCAAGCACAGAUGAAGCUCUGGGGGGUCAUAAACGUGGAGCAGAGCUCUGUCUCUUUGAUGCCAUCUCGGGUGGAAAUCUCCCUUGUCAAGGCUGACCCAGGAUUCUGGGCUCAGCUGGAGUACCCCAGUGCACUAGCUGAGAAGGCUAGGGCAGGGGUUGUGGUAGAGAUGGAUGAGGAAGAAUCUGAGGAUUCAGAUGAUCUGAGCUGGACAGAGGAGGAGGAAGAGGAGGAGGCAAUGGGAGAAUAGCGGCACCAGACAGUUUAGUGUCUAGCUAGGACUCCAGUGACUCCCUUAGACUCUCUGACCAUGUGGUAUCAUAGAGCAGUAGGAGGCUAAAGAAGGGGAGACAAGACUGUCCACGCCUGACUGUUUUAUGCCAUAAAUAAAUCUUGUAUUCUACAGUUUCA